AUGUCUGGCGAGGACGAAAUCCUGCGCACCGAGCCUUUGCCGGCAAAUUCGGCUGCAAUCCCGCCGAAUCCCGUCGACGAGUCGGCGCCAUUAGGGCCGCCGCCGUCUGGAACCGUCACCACUGACCCAGCCCACCCGCCUCAGCCGCCGUUGCCUGGCGAUUCAGCCAUGACCAAAGCAGAGAAGGUCGAGCGUCACGGUUUACCUGAACCAGCAUCUCCGCGCCACGGAGGUGAGUUUGAGAGCUCCCCGGCGAAGCGCAUCAAAUUGGAGAAAGGCCAAGUCGACUCCAAUAGACAGAAGGGGGUUGCGCCGAUCAAGCCUGAGUAUCUCAUCGACCCGGCCUCUCUGAGACAUGGCCGAGUCGUGGCCCAGAAAGACCCGGACGAUGACGCUGCUGAGGCCUCGAGGCAUGCCGCCCAAGACGGUGAGCAAAAGACAGGGAAGAAGGGGAAGAAAGACAAAGAGAGGGGCCAGAAUAAAGCCCGCGAGCAUCUCAGGCAACGCGACGCCCUUCAGCUUUGUUCCACCGUGGCCUUCAGCAACGAAUUCUCCCCGAAGGAAUGCCAGUUCGCCGACAAGUGCAGGUACGAGCAUGACAUCCGCAAGUACCUGAAGGAAGGUAAACGCGAAGAUCUCUCAACCUUCAAGAUAUGCCCCAUUUGGGAUGUCAGAGGCUGGUGCCCUGCUGGCUGGAAGUGUCGGCUGGUGGGCACCCAUUCGGAAGAGGUGGCGCAUCCCGAUGGCCGCAAGGAACUUGUCCUCAUCGAAGAUCCCGAGCGGAAGGCUAGGGCUGAUAAGGCAAAGGCUGAGCUGGGUGACGAGCUGGGUCACGUCAACGUCGUUUCCCCGCAAGCGAAGAUCGAGCUGAGCAAGAAGAAGAGGAAGACACCACGGGCCGACGCCUACCUGGAGUAUCUGAACCAGUUCAACGAGGAACUGAAGAAGAAGGACCCUGGUGACGCAGAUGCCAGAGAGGACAACAGAGCACAGUACAAAGAGCCUCCGUUCUUGCCGUCAGAGAAGCGCCGGAUUUACUAUGGCCCGGAAACUCCCGUUCUAGCUCCCCUGACAACACAGGGAAAUCUCCCGUUUAGGCGUCUAUGUGUGGACCUCGGCGCUCAGAUUACCUGGUCCGAGAUGGCGAUGGGCAUGCCGUUGGUUCAGGGAGCUAAGAGCGAGUGGGCUUUGAUCAAAGCGCAUGAAUCGGAAGCUACGCCACCAAGGUUCCUGGGCAAAAAUGACGUCGUCGCUGGAUAUGACAAUAGCAAAGACCUCAAGUUUGGCGCCCAGAUUGCGGGGAACAAGCCGUGGAUCGCGCUCAAGACGGUCGAGGUCCUCACCGCCCUGGCACCCCACCUUCGCGCCAUCGACCUCAACUGUGGCUGUCCGAUAGACCUCGUGUACCGGCAGGGCGCCGGAUCUGCCCUGCUUGACGCACAGGGAAAGCUUGAUAAGAUGCUACGCGGCAUGAACGCCGUCUCCGAGAACAUCCCCAUCACCGUCAAGAUCCGCAUGGGAGUCAAGGACAACGAGCCUACUGCGGAGAAGUUGGUCCAGAGGCUGGUUCUCGGCACCCCAGAGGCUCGCAAAUCCGGAGAAGGUCCUUGCGGCGUGGCUGCCAUCACGCUGCACGGCAGGAGCCGCCAGCAGCGCUACACCAGAUCGGCCGAUUGGGGAUACAUCUCAGAGGUGGCAGCGCUGAUUAAUCGGCUCAACGCUGAAAGAGCUGCAGCGGUCGACACGGCUUCGGAUGCCGAUCCGCGGCACUUGCCCAAUGGCGGCAAAGUGUACUUUGUUGGCAAUGGCGACUGUUACUCGCAUGCAGACUACUACAGGGCCAUAACCGAGCACAAGGUGGAUUCGGUCAUGGUAGCGCGCGGCGCGCUUAUCAAGCCGUGGAUCUUCGAGGAAAUCGAGAAGGAGCAGUAUCUCGAUAAGCGGUCAUCUGAGCGCCUGACGUACAUUGAGAAGUUCGUCAAGUACGGGCUGGAGACGUGGGGGUCUGACGAGAUGGGCGUUGGCACGACUCGUCGGUUUCUGCUGGAAUGGCUCAGCUUCACUUGCCGAUACACGCCGAUCGGGCUGUUGGAGCAGCUGCCGCCAAACAUCCAGGACCGCGCGCCAGCGUUCAAGGGCCGCGACGAGAUGGAGACGCUAAUGGCGUCGGACAAUUACAAGGACUGGAUCAAGAUCAGUGAGAUGUUCCUUGGCAAGGCGCCUGAAACGUUCAAGUUCACGCCGAAACACAAGUCGAAUGCCUACGAAGCGGAAGGCUGA